UGUUGCCGCCAUGUGGCUGUUAAGACGCACAGUGUUGUUGGGUUUGGUGGGGAGUAGAGGAGUACAGAGAAGUAUGUGUGCUCAGGUGGGAGACUGGCAGAGUGCCAAGUCAAUAUACGAAUUCUCUGCCAAGGAUAUUGAUGGCAAUGAAGUCUCUCUUGAGAAAUACAGAGGCUAUGUGUGCAUCAUAGUAAAUGUGGCCUCUAAAUGAGGAAAGACCAGGGUAAACUACACUCAGCUAGCGGGAAUGCACGCCUCCUAUGCUGAGAAAGGUUUACGCAUCCUGGGCUUCCCAUGCAACCAGUUCGGAGGACAGGAACCAGGGACUGAUGCUGAGAUUAAAGAGUUCGCCAAAGGUUACAAUGCAGAGUUUGACCUCUUCAGUAAAAUUGAGGUGAAUGGAGACAACGCUCACCCUCUGUGGAAGUGGAUGAAGGCACAGCCCAAAGGCAAGGGAACCUUUGGAAAUAACAUCAAAUGGAACUUCACAAAGUUUUUGAUUAAUAGAGAGGGACAGGUGGUGAAGAGAUACGGCCCAACAGAUGAUCCCAGCGUUGUGGAGAAGGACCUGCCUACAUACCUGUAAUACUACUGUCACAUAUGUGUUUGUUUGACUCCUGACCUCUCCCAUGGACUGCAGGGUAUUGGUGUGUGUGUGUCUGGACCAGUGACGGCCUGUCUGUAAACCCAACAUUGGGAAAGGCAGGCCCGAUGAUCCUCAGCGUGCAGCUAACCUCCAGAACCCACCCCGCCAAACCCAUUAGGCCAUGUGAGAGGACAUUCUCUAGUUAGCCAAAGCAGAGGCACUUAACAUCUUAUUUCAAACUGAAAACAGCCAUUCCUUUUCCUAAUGCAAAUACCAUCUGGUCCUUUCUGAAUGUUAAGUGACAAGUUUGUUCAUGUGUCAAUGUCAGUUUUAUGUAAGGACAUAAGAUGCCAUAAAGUUCACAGAUUUCUGAAAAGCUACUGAUAAUAUUAUUUGCACUUAACUUAAUGAAAGGCCUGUUAUUGUGUGUGUCACUCAUGAUUUAUUGUGUUUUGAAAUUGGAAAAUAAAUGCUGUCCUGGACAUUCA